GCGGUGGUUGGCUACUGGCUGUUUCUGUUUUACACGUAGCCGCAGUCGUGUCAGUUCAAAUGCUGCUAGUUUUUAAGGUUUCUUGGGCUGUACAAACGGUGAAUAACAAUUCAUACUCCACCUGAUUGAACCUAAAGAGGAGCUCACUGAAACAGACAGAAAUGGGAGCCUUGAUUUCUCGAUGGAAGACAAAACCUACUACAGUAGAGCAGCUGGAGAACCUGGAUAAGGAAAUAAAAGAACUGGAGGACUUUAGAGCCAAAAAUCAGCGUCUGCAAAAACUCUGGGUUGGCCGGUUUCUUUUGUACUCAUCAGUGUUUUACCUGCUCACCUCCCUGGUGGUGUACUGUCUCUACCUCCCUGAUGAAUGGCUGCAGAGACUUCUGAUGACCCUGCCUUUCUUCAUCUAUCCUGCACUUGUGUGGUUGAUCAGAAAGUUAUUGAUUUUUCUCUUUUCCAAACGCACUGAACGAAACAAUGAUAAACUUGAGGAGUUAAAAGCCACAAAGAAAAAGAUUUUGGAGGAAGUGAUGGAAACAGAAACAUACAAAAACGCCAAACUUAUCCUGGAACGCUUUGAUCCAGAAGCUAAAAAGAGAGCUGAAAUGGAGUCGACACCGGUGCGUUCUCCGACUCCUGGUCCAGGUCAAGAGAUUCGUCAGAGGGGUGUUGCAAUGAGACCCAUGGCAAUGGGCACCCCAGCUUCGAUGGUAAUGACUCCCAUGCCUGGAGCACGGCCUGUGGUGGGACCAGGGGGUACACCAGUAGAACAUGUUCCUCUCUCAGCUCCAGGAGGACCACCAGAGAAAUCUACUCCUAGUGCCUCUGGACUCCAAGGAGUUGUACCGAGGACCCCCUGCUCUCCGAUACCAGGUGUAGGUAUGCACCCUCCAGGCCCUCCAUUAGCGAGACCCAUUCUGCCCAAAGACAGAGGGGCGUUGGACAGAGUCAUUGAGUACCUGGUGGGAGAUGGACCACAAAACAGAUAUGCUCUGAUCUGCCAGCAGUGUUUUUCUCAUAACGGCAUGGCUCUGAAAGAAGAGUUUGAAUAUUUAGCGUUUCGUUGUGCGUAUUGCUACUUUCUGAACCCGGCCAGGAAGACCCGGCCUCAGGCUCCAAGACUUCCUGAGUUCAGCUAUGAGAGGAGGCUGAGAGCAGAGUCAAGUUCACCUGGACCCCCGCCACGUUCUGGGACCGACACGGAGGAGAGCGCUCCUCCUUCUGGAGCUCCAGCUCCGUGGAAUUUGGUCCACAGUUUCAAGAUCCAGCAGAGUCCAAAGAAUCCUCAGAGCCGAGCCCCGCAGAGUCCAGAUGAGAAGGAGACGGGAGAAGAUGAGCGACCCUCCAAAGAAGACGACGACGAGAGCCAGUUGGAGGAUCAGCAGCAGCUGAAGCAGCAAGAAGAAGAGGAGAAAGAGGAGGAGGAGGAGCUGGUUCAGGAAGAAGCAGAGCUGAGCCACAGAACCUCCAGUGAGACAGAACCUCUAUCUUAGUUACACAGAACACAGAGAAGAGCCAAAACGGGCUGAAAGUUCUGCUCAAACGAGGCACCGCGAUGGGUGUGGGUUACAAACAGGACUGAUGGACGAGGUUUGGAUCCAACAGGAUUGUCUAAAAUAAGUUUUUUAACAUUAGUAGUUUUGUAGUUUGACUAGA